AUGGCUACCUCUGGACGCCUCGGCUUCACCGUGCGCAGUCUCCUGGACUUACCGGAGCAGGACGCGCAGCACCUACGGAGGCGGGAGCCCGAGCUACGCGCCCCCGGCCCCUACGCCACCUGGCUGGAAUCGGAGCGCGGCCACUACCCCUCCUCGGACGAGAGCAGCCCAGAGGCCAGCCCGCGGGACUCGUCGCAGCGGCCGUCCGCUCGGCCUGCGUCUCCGGGCUCGGACGCCGAUAAGAGGAAGAAGCGGCGGGUGCUGUUCUCCAAGGCGCAGACGCUGGAGUUGGAGCGGCGCUUCCGGCAGCAGCGCUACCUGUCAGCGCCAGAGCGCGAGCAGCUGGCGCGCCUGCUGCGCCUCACGCCCACGCAGGUCAAAAUCUGGUUCCAGAACCAUCGCUACAAGCUGAAGCGCGCGCGCGCGCCGGGAGCCGCGGAGGCGCCCGACUUGGCAGCGGCAGCCGAGGUUCGCGCCGCGCCCGGCCUGCUGCGCCGCGUGGUGGUGCCCGUGCUGGUGCGCGACGGGCAACCGUGCGGCGGCAGUGGCGAGGUGGGCACGGCCGCCGCCCGGGACAAGAGCGGCGCGACCCCGGCAGCCGCCUGCCCUCUGCCAGGCUACACGGCCUUCGGUCCCGGCUCGGCGUUCGGCCUCUUCCCCGCCUACCAGCACUUAGCGCCCCCCGCCCUGGUCUCCUGGAACUGGUGAGGCAGCCGCGGGGCGCGGGCACCUGGGGCUACGCCGGACUUGGGGUGCGCUCUGCGGCCGGAGCAGGGAUAGAGCCGGAGACCUGGAGCGCGUCCUGGGCCCCUCCUCCUUCGACGCGGGGGUCCCCUGCCCCGCCCUCAUCAAACAGCGC